CAUAGUUUUUUUGAAGGUGAAGUAAUUGCUUUCAACGGGGGAAAACACAUGAAAAUUACGACACUUACAUUCCUGUCGUGUAACAGUUAAGUCAGCGUGUGUCGCGUGUGGCGAAGGAUUGAAAAAUUUUAUUUAACGAGUCGAGUUAUAUAAGUCGUUUCGAAAUCGGGGUGUAUAGUUUCAAAAUAUGAGAGUCACUACCACCCUUGGGGUUCUUGUCGUGUGUGCAUUUUUUGUAAGUGCUAUUUCUGCGGAGAGAAGUUAUGAUUCUGAAAUUCCUAGAAGUCAGAUUUCGAAACGGGUCCGAUUUAUUUUGGGAUUAAGCAGGCCGAAACGAGGAUUUGGACAUGGGGGAAGUUAUGGGGGAGGGCAUGGAGGAGGAGGUCACAGUGGUGGUGGGUAUGGCCAUAGUGGAGGUCAUGGUAGUGGCUAUGGUCAUGGUGGAGGUCAUAGUGGAGGUGGUGGUGGGUAUGGUCAUGGUGGAGGUCACAGUGGCGGGGGAUAUGGUCACGGCACUCCCCAUGGUGGACUUGGUUACGGUAUUGUAGCAAUUCCAGUGUCACACGGUCAUGGUGGUGGGGGCGGACGUCAUGGAAGUUCUUAUGGGGGAGGAUAUGGAUAUGGGGGUGGGGCGGCAGCAAUUGCGGAGCAAGCGGCUAAUCAGGCCAAAGCCGCUCUUGCCGCACAGGGCGCAGCGGCUUAUCAAGCGAGCCAUAAGGCUCGGGCAAUUUUAGCAAAUCAAGCAUCCCAAGCAGCACAACAAGCCCAAGCCGUCGUCUCUGCUAAACAACACCAAGUUGAGCAUAUUACCCAGGCUGCAAAUGCUGCGCAAGCUGCUGCGUAUGCAGAAUCAACACAGUUGGCAAAGGCGAAUCGUGCCGUUGCUGCGGCUGAACAUGCGAAACAGCGAGCCCAACAAGCUGCCCAUUAUCAUGGCGGAUAUCAUGCUCAAGACCAACUUUACGCGGCUCAGCAUGCACUUCAAGAAGCCCGAAACGUGCAAGCCUGGCAGGCGGAACAAGCCUACCACGCUCAACAGAAUGCGUGGGCCUUAGCUCAAAAACAAAGUUCGGCCCUUCACGAUUUAGCAGCGGGUCAAGAAGCAGCAAAUAAGGCGGCAUGGGCGGCGAAUUCGGCGCAGUCUGCGGUGGGCGGAUAUGGGCAUGGUGGUGGUGGUUAUUCGGGGGGUGGGGGAGGAGGGGGUCAUGGUGGCAGUGGUUAUGGGAAGUAAAAGAUGGUUAAGGCAUGAAUAAAAUACUAACCUAUUUAUUGAUAUGCAAAUAUGUAUACAUAAGCAAAUGGGUAAAUAGAUACUAGCAAUAAUAAAGAUUUAUUUUAGCAUGUGUCCACAAAUGUGGUCAAGUCAUGGUCAAAUGCGGCUUAAGUUUUAAUAUGAGUGACCCCGGGGUCAAAUUGAUGAGGUUUUCAUGUUUUGCAAAAAUCAAUAUGCAUAAAUUUUAGAAUUUCCUAUACAUUAUUUUGCAAGGCGUAUGUAUGAUCCACGUGUAUACAUAAUGCUGUAUAUACAGGUGUGCAUUUAUACUAUUUAUAACCAUCAAUCAUGCCAUGGACAUUACAUAUAUCGAUUGGUACAUAAGUUACAAGUAGAAAACGUAUAUAAUAAGUAUGUACGCUCAAUAAGUCAUUAUCAAACCGUGAGCAAACAUGAAUUGGCACAUUUGCUAACAGUCUUUAUCCACUCCGUUAAAUCAAAUACGUACAUAUGUACUUUAUUACGUAUCACACCCUCCAAUUUCUGGAUAAGGUCAUGUAAUGAAUUAAAGUGCGCCAUCAUUGUUUGUUAUCUUAUCCCGCACAUCCUGCUUGUCACAGAAAAUAGACGUAGAUAGUUGUCUGUCGUUACUCAUUAUUGUGCAAAUAAUACAUAUGCUUAUUUAGUCUAUCAGGGUUAACCACGUUGACUACUACUUUUCAAAAUACACAAAUUCCUUCAAAAAAUGGAGAAACUAUUCCAAUUUACUUUGGCCUUGAUUAUCCUGUGCAUUCUCCCAUUCAGCAGUGGGUUAGAAUGUUUCCAGUGCGCUUCCGGUUUUCCCAACGUUGGCGGAUUUCCACUCCCAAUUUCGUCCAAAUGUGAAAAGAAAGUUCCCGAUGAGUAUAAAAAGACUUGCGAAACAACGAAUAUUUUGGGUCCUUACACCAAAAAUGGAAACGUGACCAUCGCCCAAGACGAGGAACUGACCUGUGCAAAAGGAAGUGGAAAGUUGGGGGACACGACCUACGUUGUGAGAGGAUGCCUCCCCAAAGUUCUCAUUUCCGCCGUGGAUUCGACCCUGCUUGGCUCCUGUAACUCUAACAAUUUGAAACAAUGGGCAGAAAAAUUUAACCUGACGAUCGACCUGAAUCCGGACGAGGCAGCAAAAGUUAGUGUUGACCUUUGUUUCUGUGAUGGGAACGGGUGCAAUUCUGCACUGGUGGGAAGCAGACCUUCGAAUUGGUUAUACAUUUUUGCUUUAAUUAGUGCAGUUUUAUUAGCAUUUAAUGUUAAGGUUUGAGGAUGUGUCCAAUUUAAAUUAAUGAAUUAUUGAGCUGUGAUUAAUAAAAUAGCGAAAAAAAUAA